CGAGCUUACACGCGCCGCUACCGUUGAACGUACGUACGUUUCAAAAGUAGGUAUAUUCAUAGUUUAGCGUGACGAUACUUUGGUUUUUAGUCUCAUCUAAAGAUAUGAACUACCGACAGUGUGAUGUACCAGCGAUGAUGAGUGUGGCGUUGCUGCUGCUAGCGCUGGCGUGCUCGGUCAUCGACGCAGCGCCUGCGGCUCUCUACGAAAAUCCAGAGGAGGUAGUGAUACCGCAGAAACGAGCGGCACUAGUGUUGGAUCGAAUCUUGAUCGCGCUGCAGAAGGCCCUGCACGAACCUCCGGCAGAAUCCCACGACGGUCCGCACACCGCGCCGCUGCGCGUUUCUUACUACACCGACUCCAACGACAUGAGCGCCCUACAGCGGCGAGGGCAGGCGGGCGGCGCCGGCGCCGGCCGCGGCCGGGUCCUACGAUGUUACUUUAACGCAGUCACAUGCUUUUAACACUACAUACUUACUUAACAUUAUAUCAAAAUUCUAUAACAUCAUUUAACGCUAGCUAAUUGCCUUUAUUUCUCUAACUUACAACUAUUUGAUACGAAUUUCUCAAUCCCUUAAUGUAAGAUUGUAACGUAAAUAAAUUAUGUUUUCUUGUUAA